UACGGUAGAGAACUUAUAGGAAAGAACCUUGGUCAAUUUCAUUCUGACUUCGCAGAAAUAACACCUGGAAAACAAAGUUUAGCAUACAAGUCAAUAUUUUGUGGAAAGAAGACCUACAUAGACUUACUCACUAACGAUUUAAAUGAAGUUGCAUUCCAUGCACGUUGCAAAGGUGUCAAACAAGACGUCCUUGCUUUAACAGCAAAUGAAAUGUUUCCUGAAGCUAUACAAUGCUAUUACAAUGAAGAUAAGAACAUUCACAUACCUGUUGGAACAUAUGACAAAGACUCUGAGUUCAGUUUAAUGAAACUUUACAAAGCACUUUAUGACGGCCAAGAGAUUGGAUUUGACUUAUGUAAGUCUGCUACACCUGCAUUUGAGGAAAAGUUUAACUUCUCAAUAACGACUAAAACAAGCUUUAUUCGUAAGUUGAAGUUCUGA